CACAUGGAGAGGCAGGCCCAACAAAAGGACUUGGCAACCUUGAAUAUCUGGCAACCCUACGCACUAUUAAUUCGCGUUCAAAAGUUCCAGCGAGGGAAACUCAUCUGAGUACCACAAAGUGAACUAUGGGCACAAAACAGGAUUUCUGUGAAAGAAUUCUCAAAAAUAAAGUCUUCCUUGUGGAGACUUUAUGUGAAGAGGCAGAACUCAUCAUGCAGCAUGUGCAGCAGGUUAAACUUCUUACUCAGCGCGAGUACAGGAACCUCAAAGAUGUCCGUAAGAGAGAGAAGAUGAUAAUUGACCUACUUGACAAACUCAUGAGCAAGGGAGAUGAAACCUGUUGCAAAUUCAUUGACCUUUUAAAACAGGACAGUAUAUUGGAGACUCUUCCUAUGUUGGAGAAUCAUGCCAUUUUUGCUUCUUCAGCCAUGGCACAGGACACCAGCCUGAAAUAUCCAUUGCAGGAUAGCCCAGAGCUCAGGCAAUACAAAAUUACGCAAAUUCCUCGUGGUACCUGUGUAAUAUUCAACAAUGUACAUUUUACAUCCUUGAAGGAAAGGAUGGGAUCAGAUGAGGACCAAAAAUCUCUCGAAAAAGUUUUCAGCUGGCUGGCAUUUAAGGUGGUGGUGCACAGAGAUAAAAUGGCUGCUGAAAUGAGGGAUCUCCUGAAGGACCUAGGCAAGACAGUAGAUGGAGACUGCUUUAUAUGUUGCGUCCUCAGCCAUGGAAGCAAGGACGGAGUCUAUGGAACUGAUGGUGUUGUUGUUUCUGUUGAUGAAAUACGUGAACCAUUCAAUGGCAUAAACUGCCAGAGGCUAGCUGGCAAGCCCAAGGUGUUUUUCAUACAGGCAUGUCGUGGGAAUAAUAAUCAAACGCAUGUGAAUGUCCAGGCAGAUGAUCCAGAAGGAGAAGAAUCAGAGAUUGAAGUGGAUACUGAUGGUUUUGAAAUCUCAAUCCCAGCCGACUCUGAUUUCCUUAUUGCCAGGUCAAGCACUGAUGGUCACUGCUCAUACAGACAGUCAGAAAAAGGCUCCUGGUUUAUUCAGUCACUCUGCCAACAGCUAGAGAAUCAUUGUCCACAGGGUACAGACAUUCAGACAAUCCUGCUUUGUGUGAAUGAUGAGGUCAGCCGUCAGGGAUCUUUUUGCAAACAGAUGCCUGUACAGGAAGUCGCCAUGAGGAAGAAACUGAUUCUUCCUUUGCCCGGUGCAGAGUGAAGUACUGAAACCUUCUAGUGUGCCUGUGAUGUCAUAAAGGAUUGAUAUGUAAUUUGGCUAGAUGAAAUAUUUUUUGUAUUGUAAGGCUGGCACCAGGAUGUCUACAACCAAAAGGCGCCAUUUCCGGUAAAAGUCAAAGAACGGAACUGGCUAUCCAUUUUCGGGAGGUUUAUGUAAUUUAAUUAUGGCCGGCGUAAGUCUCCAAAGAUCGAAAGGACAAUGAAUAGAAGAGGAUUUAGAGUAAUCAAUAACCUAAAAAUUUUAAAUUAAAAGAAUGAUAAGAAAUUAAUUAGAACUUAAAUAUAAAUUAGAGGUCAACUUAAAAUUGGAGUCAGAUAAAAUGAAUAACGGAAUAAAAUGUGUGAAUUAACAAUAAUUGCUUAACUUCAGCGCUCAGAAAAGACAGAACAACGCAGAGACCUUCAAGGGCAAUUUAUUGAAGUUCCACUCCGGAACGGAUAGAAAAUUAUCCCUUUUUACAGUAUCUUUUCUUAUAUUUUUGUAGAUUCAUUAUGAGGGAAUCUCAGGAAAAGUGUAAACUCUUAUAUGCAAAACAUUUGUGUUCUUAAAUGUAGUCUUUUUUAUUUUUACAAAUCAGGACCAAAACUGUUUACAUAAAGGGAAUCAUGAGACCAUUUGAGACAAAUUUGUUUUUAAUUUUUUUAAAUAAAUUUUAUAAUGACUAAGUGGUAUUUUGUUUUGAUGUCUUUUAUUUUUAAGUUUAGUUCCUGUACCAGUCAUGUGAUUUCCUGUUUCCUCAUGUGUUCCUGGUCACGUGAUAUCCUGUUCCCCUCCAUGUUCAUGUGUCUUGUUUUCAUUGUUUUGUUAUCUCAUUAUCAGUCUUAUGUCAUUGGUUCAUUGUCUUAUUUUUAGUUCAGCCUUGUGAUUGGUUGUCUUGUUUACUUGUUACCCAUGCCUGUGUAUCUAAACCCUCAUGAUUGCCAUUGUCUCUUGUCAGGUAUUGUUUAUGUAACGUUGUUUAGCAGUCAAGUCAAGUUUAGUUCAUGUUUUCUGUUCACGGUUUCUGGAUUUCACGUUGAUGUAAAUAAACACUGCACAUGGCAAUAAACUUAUGCUGAACAAAAACAAAGAUUUUUAGAAGAAUAUUUCAGCUCUGUAGGUCCACACAAUGCAAGUGAAUGGUGACCAGAUCCUUCAAGCUCCAAAUCACAUAAAGGCAGCACAAAAGUAAUCCAACAACUCCAGUUGUUAA